GUGGGGCUCGCGGCUAAUAUAAAAAGUCUUCGUUUGUAAGAGCUCAUCACUGAACUUCUACUCCAGCAUCGUCUUUAACUACAACCAUGAGUCUCACCGCUAAGGACAAGAAAAUGGUCAAGGCCUUCUGGGCCAAGGUGGCCGGCAAAGCUGAAGACAUCGGCUGCGAUGCUCUGUCUAGGACGCUGGUUGUGUACCCCCAAACCAAGACCUACUUCUCCCACUGGAAGGACCUGAGCCCCGGUUCUGCCCCAGUCAGGAAGCACGGUGGGACCAUCAUGGGAGGCAUCAGUUUAGCCGUGGCCAGCAUCGACGACAUCAGCGCAGGUCUCCUCGCCCUCAGCGAGCUGCAUGCCUUCAAGCUGCGUGUCGAUCCCGCCAACUUCAAGAUCCUGUCCCACAACAUCUUGGUGGUGCUGGCUAUCUUGUUCCCCAAUGAUUUCAACCCCGAAGCUCAUGUGGCCAUGGACAAGUUCCUGGCAGCGGUGGGCCGGGCUCUGUCUGAGAAGUACCGAUAAGAUGUGGACAGAAGGAUCAGACCAGACGGAUUGCAGCAUUGAUCAGCACUGUGCUCAGCUCUGUAUUGUUGUAAAAUAUAAUUAAAUGUUAAAACACCCAUAAUUACGUUUUUUGGUCUUUACUUUGGUUUUUAAUUCGUUGUUUUGUAGAGCAUAGGACCUGAUAUGAUUAAAUAAGUUGCUGUUUGCAAGUCUGAAAGACAUCGAAAGUCAAAAAGGUAUUCCUCAAGAAAAUGGAAACUAUAUGACAAACAUUUCCACACAAAGCGGUGCUUAGAGAAGUUAGCAGUAAACGUUUAGAAGUAAAUAAAUAA